AAAAUGAAUGAAAAUGAGAUUAUUGGAGAACCAACGUUGGGGAUGGUUUUUAAAUCUCAGGAAGAAGCAUACUCAUAUUACUCUAAUUAUGGGAUCCAGAAGGGUUUUGGUGUGAUGAAAAGAAGCUCAAAACGAGGAGAUGAUGGUGUUGUUAGAUAUUUUACUUUUGCAUGUGUUAAAAAUGAUCAAAAGAAAAAAUCUAUGGGGAAGAACUCAUUUGCCUCCAAACUUUCCACAAAAACGGUUAAGACUGAAAAUUCCGUAUAUGAGUAUAGAGUUGAAGAAGAUGUGAAAGUUGGCGACAUUAGAAAAGUUGCCGUUAUUGCUGCGGACGAUGAAGAAAAAUUUGAGUUGGUGAUGAAAGGCAUACGGGAAUUAAAGUUAAAGAUCACCAAUGACGAAAAGAAAAUUGUUCAAACAUCUUCUUCACAGCCACAAGAUCUUGCUGAGCAACAACAAGUGGUAAGUAGGACAAAUAAAGUAUUGAGUCCUAUGGUCACUCGAGGGAAAGGGCGUCCUGCAACAAAAAGGAAAAUUUCGAGAUUGGAAGUUGUGGUUCAGAAGCUGAAAAAAAAGAAUCAAAACAAGAAGCUUAAAGAGAGCGAACCAAAUAGAUUAAAAUCCACAAAGGCAUCUACAAAAACAUUGGAAGCCAAUAGCAUGUUAAUCAAGUUCCAACUUAUGGAGAAUAUUACAUGCCAAGGCCACCAGAUUCAUGCAUUUACCCCAGAAAUAGUUCAAUUCAACCACAAGAAAAGCUUUUGGAGGGUAUUACAUGCCAAGGCCGCUUGCUUCACCCAUUUAUCCCGAGAGUAG